AUGCAAAGUGGUGUUGGUCCAACAGGAAAUAUCUUAUUUCCACCAUUUACUACCUUGAUUGGAGUUUGGCAAUGUUCUGGAAAAAAUCGUGUUCAGCUUCGACUUAUCGACUAUAGUCUUCAGAGGCCUGAUACUACUGCUCCGGGUUCAUUGGCUUUGGUUCACCACGAGUUGACCAUCUCGAAAAAUGGUGAAAAGCUGACAGGAACAACCGGAUUCUCAAGCUAUGAGCUCGGUGUUAAUCCAAUUAAGCCCGGUGCGAAACCAAUUCCUGGACAAACGUUCGGACCAUUCACAGUCAUUGGUGAACGACUUGAUUUGUUUAAGCACUAG